CAAAAGGGAGGGGAGUGGGUUGUGGCUGGCACACCGAGGGGGCGCUGGGCAUACGGGUAACGUUAUCUGUCUUGGCCUCCUCCCUUUCUCUCUCCCCUCUACCUUACCAGCCCCAGAUCCUAAUCUCCUUCCCUCCUUUCCCUCUCCGUUUCUGAUCGGCGGUCCCGGGGUCGGGGAAAGCGAGAGCGAUGCAGACGGAGUCGGGGAUUGUGCCGGAUUUCGAAGUCGGGGAGGAGAUUCACGAAGAACCCAAAACCUAUUACGAGUUGAAAAGUCAACCCCUGAAAAGCAGCAGUUCAACGGAGCAUCCAGGGGCAUCCAAGCCUCCGCUAAGCGCCUCUGGUAUGACAUCACGAAUUUUGCUACGACAGCAGCUCAUGCGUGAGCAGAUGCAGGAGCAAGAGCGGCGUGAGCAGCAACAGAAGCAACAGGCAGCCCAGUUCAUGCAACAGAGAGUACCUGUGAGUCAAACACCAGCCAUUAACGUCAGUGUCCCUACUAGCCUUCCUCCUGCUACCCAGGUGCCAAUGGAAGUCUUAAAGGUGCAGACCCACCUUGAAAAUCCUACCAAGUACCACAUUCAACAAGCCCAAAGGCAGCAGGUAAAGCAGUACCUUUCUACCACUUUAGCAAAUAAACAUGCCAACCAAGCUCUGAGCUUGCCCUGUCCAAACCAGCCUGGCGACCAUGUUAUGCCACCUGGACCUGGAAGCAGCGCACCCAACAGCCCAAUGGCUAUGCUUACACUUAACUCCAACUGUGAAAAAGAGGGAUUUUAUAAGUUUGAAGAGCCAAGCAGGGCAGAGAGUGAGUGCCCAAAUCUGAACCCACAUUCGCGAGCAUCGUGUAUGCAGAUGGAUGAUGUAAUUGAUGACAUAAUUAGUCUAGAAUCAAGUUAUAAUGAAGAAAUCCUCGGUCUGAUGGAUCCUGCGCUGCAGAUGGCAAACACGUUGCCUGUGUCAGGUAAUUUGAUUGAUCUUUAUGGCAACCAAAGCAUGCCACCUCCAGGCCUAACAAUCAGCAACUCUUGUCCAGCCAAUCUUCCCAACAUUAAAAGGGAACUCACAGCGUGUAUUUUUCCUACAGAAUCAGAAGCAAGGGCAUUGGCUAAAGAAAGACAAAAAAAGGACAAUCACAACUUAAUCGAACGAAGGCGAAGAUUUAAUAUCAAUGAUCGUAUUAAGGAGCUAGGCACUUUGAUACCCAAGUCAAAUGACCCCGACAUGCGCUGGAAUAAAGGAACUAUUCUAAAAGCAUCUGUGGAUUAUAUCCGAAAACUACAGCGAGAGCAGCAACGCACAAAGGAACUUGAGAAUAGACAAAAGAAACUAGAACAUGCUAACAGACAUCUUUUACUCAGAAUACAGGAACUCGAGAUGCAAGCUCGAGCACAUGGACUUCCCCUCAUUCCAUCUACGGGCCUUUGUUCUCCAGAUUUGGUAAAUCGUGUCAUCAAGCAAGAACCGAUUCUUGAAAACUGCAACCAAGAAGUCUUACAGCACCACCCAGACCUGACGUGCACUACAACCCUUGAUCUUACUGAUGGUACCAUCACUUUCAGUAGUAAUUUAGGGAAUGGGACUGAAAGUACCACUGGCUAUAGUGUCCCCACAAAAAUGGGCUCCAAAUUGGAAGACAUCUUGAUGGAUGAUACUCUCUCCCCUGUGGGGGUAACCGAUCCUCUCCUCUCAUCCGUGUCUCCUGGAGCUUCUAAAACAAGUAGCCGGAGAAGCAGCAUGAGCAUGGAGGAUGCUGAUCAUGCUUGUUAGCAGAAAAUAUCUGACCGGCUCUCUCAUAAACUGCUUAAUUUCUUGAUCAGUAGUUUGAAUAAUUUACCUUUGGCAGUUUUUGGGAUAAUUUCCCUUUAAUACAAAGCUCAUCAUGCUUCAUCAAUAGCCCAGUAUAUACUUUUUUUUAUUUUUUAAAAGGACGUGUACAUUCUCUUUGACAACUACAAAUGCCUCCAAAGUAUUGUACAACACACGUACAGUAUCUGUGAACUGGAUUCAUCAACUUUUGAAUUCUUACCGUAACUAUUCAGAGAAAUAUUAUUUUGAAUCAAAAUCACAGUCAAUUUUUAUUCAAGUGAAACUUUGUUUGAAGCCUACUUUGACAUAUAAAGCCUAAUGAAAGAAUGUAAAGCAACCAAAAAAACCCUAUCCCAUAUUGUAAACCUGUUGAUUUACUAGUGCUGCCUUAAAGAUACACCUUUCAUCCAGCAUUAAAUUUUGUCUUUACAUUACAGAGUAUUUUAAGAAAUGCUACCACACUCUCAAAGCGCAACCACUUUUAUGCAAUAUUUAUCAAGGAAGAGAAUGCUAGUUCUAGAGUGCGUGAGAGGAAGUGAGAGACCAAGAGGCCAUCAAAACAAAGAAUGCCUCUUGAUGAUCUCAUUUUUCAAAUUCUCUGUAUUCAUGUAUUUUUUUCUUAAAUGAGUGUAGUGUUUUUGUCCUCCUUCACUUUUUCAUAAAAAUCUUUUAUUUUGGAAAGGGAAUAGCAAAUUUCAAAGUCAAAUAUCAAGGAAACCUGAAAGGGUUCCCCUCUCCCUACAUUUUCAGACCAGAAAAAGUGAUGCUUUUCUAAACUGGGCAUAUUUCUAAUUGGCCUUACUACUUUUGUUUUGAAAUUGUGUUUUAUCGUUCAUUUGAUUUUUAUGGAUUCUGUAUCAAUUUUUUCUUUUCAAUAUCUUUGUAUUCAUUGGUAAGACCAUGCAUUGUAAAAUACCAACAGAUUUCAACAUUUUUGAAACACGAGUGGGUUAUGCAUUCUUUGUAAACACAUGAAGGAAGCUUUUAUGCGAGGUCAUGUGUUUAAAGAGAGAGAGAGAUUUGCCAAUUUUUUGUAUAUUACACUCGGAAAUAUUUUUAAAAACAUUUAAGGUCUAGUAUAAAUAGAUUAGUUAAAACAAGGCUUUACAUAGGAAAAAAAUAAACUUAGAUAUUUAUUUUUAGUGAUACAAAAUGGUAACAUUCUUGAAAAUGGAUAGUUAUAGAGUUAAUAUGCCUAUAAUAGUAAUUUAAAUUGGGGUUUAUUUCAGCAAUCUUGCUGGGUUGUUUUUUUUUAAAAAGAGAGAUGAAUUACUAUAGCGGCAAAUAACUGUUACUUGAUAACAAUGUUAAUUUUAACAUACAACAAUGUUGUAAAAGUAGUUUCAGUGCAUUAUCUACUCAAGUGUAGUCCUAUGCAAUAACAGUAGUUUUACUUGUAUUAUAUCAAGAAUAGAUGUUUUACAAAGAUGACAUAUGGUGUUAUGAGCCAGACUGUUGAAUGGAAUUUCUCAAUAGCAGCCUACAAUUGAAUUGCAAGUGGCAGGAAAGCAUAUCUCAUUCAGAAUGAAGUGCCUUAAAUUUUAGUAGUAGUCUACUUCGGACUAGCACUGACUGAAGUGUGGCAUACGAGAAAGUUUGGGGUGGUAUUUAUAGUCAAUAAGAGUGUAGCAUGGUGCCUAUGUAGACAUAAGAGCUUCCAAUUUUCCUUGAAAUAUUUUUAAUAUUAAAUAUAUUUUAGUGAUUGAGUGCCAACUUCUCUGACUUGGAUCAGGAAACCAUGUUUAGGAUGGUUGAAAAUGUUUAAAGAUCAAUAUGGAAUUCAUGAUGAAAGAUGGGAGAAAGAAGUGCCAGGAGUGUGAGUGAAUAAUUCAAAGGAAAAAUCAACUCUGCAUCUUUCAUGUGUGCAUUGGGCUCUGGAAAUCCUUGGAAACAUUGAUGAUGCUAUCAAUUUCAUAGCUUUAUGACUUGAGGGGAUAAGGGGACAAAAAAACUCCCAUUCUUUCAAUCCUCUUAAUUGUAUAGCUCUUUCAUUAGCUAGUUAUGCAAUUCUGCACUUCUGCUUGAACAACUAAUUGUACCUUAGGUGUACAUUGAUACAAUCAUAGCACUGUCACUAUUUUUCAUAUUCAUAGGGAUUGAGGAAAAAAAGAGGUCAGAGAUUACGAUGUUAUGACUAGGCCUGUUUUUCUUAGCCAAUUUGGGGAAUGUUUUUUAUGGAGGUUAGAGCGGAGCCAGCCAGGGUUUGGCUGAGUGGGACUGCAUGUGCAGACCAGCACUAAGCAAUGCAUUUGAACAGUUAAUUUAUAGACCAUAAGGCAUUCUGCGCCACAUCCCUGCCUCCUAUAGCUCGCACCUAAGCAGCCAGUCCCCCGCCUCCACUGACUUCUUGUUUCUAGAGGAUACUGGGGCUGGGAAGAAAAUGAGCUCAGGAGAAAGCAGCAAAAGAAUAUGGUGGCUUUAUUCCCUGUGCCAAAUUUGAGCAUGGAGGAGUAUGACUGUGAACAGAUAAGUCAGCAGUUGUUAAGUCUUGGGGAAGUGUAUUUGUGUGCUAACAGGAGCCAAAGACAGCCCUUGGCGAUUGGGGCCUGGAGCCUCAGACUGAAGUGACUUGGUGGUCUAAAUGCCAAAAUUGUUUGGUCUCUUCUGUGUCAGUUGAAAAGGUAAUGGAAAUACCAAACAUUCAGAUUCCGUCAAAAUGGUGCAGCCAACAUGAUUUUGUAUAAUGUGAUGAAGUUUUUUCUGAUUGUUUUGAGACUCUAAAGCAAUAAUAAUGCUGCAACAAAUUAGAAUAAACAGGAAGUUUAAAAGAGACAAAGUGAAGCACAAAAUAAUGCACUUGCAUUGAUAUUUUUGACAGGAAAAAUGCACUUGGGAUAAGUUGAUAUUGAUAAUAGUAUGAAAAUUAUAUUUCUUGAAAAAGUGACAAAUUACUGUUUCUUGCUAUGAUGCUUGGUACUGUAAUGUUGUUGAUAUUCACCUGCUGUUGACUGCAGCAAUAAUUUAUGUAUGGUCCAUAGCACUGUAUAUUAUGGAUCAAUAUUAAUGUAUCCAAUGAAAUAAUUGAACUGUCAUUCUUGAUAGAUUGAUUAAAGCAUUUGGUUUUCCACAUA